AUGAAGACUUAGUAAAAUUUUGUUAUUUAAUUAGCUAAUUUAUUGUAGAUAAUUAGUUUCAUAAAGAACAUCUAGAUUUGAAGAAUAAUUUUCAGAGACACCUGCUCCUGGUUAAUACAAGGCUGCUAAUACUAUGGAAUAAAGAUUGAUAUAAAAAUUAAUGAAAGCUCCAUUAGGAUAAUUUGGAGUUAAUGAGAAUAGAUUUAAAGAAUAAAAAUUAUUAGUUCCUGGUCCAGGAUCAUAUGAAGUAGAUAAAAAUGAUGAUACAAAAAAAGAUAAGAAAUUACCAGAAUAAAAAGGAACAUAUGCAUUUAUGAGUCAUGCACCUAAAAGUUAAGAUUUAUCAAUUCCAAAUAUAAAUCCAGCUCCAGGUGCUUAUAAUGUCGAAUAAAAGAACAUUUAAUAUUAUAUUUGCUGA